CUGCCUGUGUCUCAUACUGGUGUGGCAGUCUGUCUGGCCGCGGUAGUCGGCAGACAGACAGACAGGCAGGCAGGCAGACGGGCAGACGGCGGGGCCGAGCCGAGCCGGGAUUUUUUGACGGUGGAAGUAUCCCAGCAGCCAGAGCCCAGGGGCGGCCGGUGGGAGGAGGCAGAGAGUCCGCAGCUGCCGCACCGCACAGCCUCUCUGACAGUCGCGAGAAGAAGGAGCAGCCUGCGCCAACCAAUGUCAACGGAGCUGUCUGAAGGCCGGGACCUCGAGGGGUUAGGAGAGCAGGCACCCGACGGAACAACCAGACCGACAGACAUCUGCAGUGGCGCAGCGGGCAGCGGCAUGACGUCCAUAGCAGAGUACUACGCCGGCAAGAGCGUCCUGAUCACGGGAGCCACCGGCUUCAUGGGAAAAGUGCUGGUGGAGAAGCUGCUGAGGUCAUGCCCCGAGGUCAAAGCCCUCUACAUCCUGGUCAGACCCAAAGCCGGGCAGUCCAUGCAGCAGAGGGUCAGCGACAUGAUGAAGUGCAAGCUCUUCGACCGUGUGCGGGAGGACAACCCCAACUUCCACCGGAAGAUCAUCCCCAUCAGCAGCGAGCUGAUGCAGCCGGGCCUGGCCAUCAGCCCGGAGGAUGUGGAGGAGCUCACCGCCUGCAUCAACAUCGUUUUCCACUGCGCCGCCACCGUCCGCUUCACCGAGCCACUCAAACACGCCCUGCAGUUGAAUGUAAUCGCCACGCAGCAGCUCCUCAGCCUGGCGCAGCGGAUGCACCACCUCGAGGCCUUCAUUCACAUCUCCACCGCCUAUGCAAACUGCAAUCGCAAGCACAUCGACGAGGUCAUCUACCCGCCGCCCGUCGAGCCAAAGAAGCUCAUCCAGUCCCUUGAGUGGAUGGAUGACGGCAUUGUGCGAGACAUCACGCCGCGGCUCAUCGGCGACAGGCCCAACACCUACACCUACACCAAAGCCCUGGCCGAGUACGUGGUUCAGCAGGAGCAGGACAAGCUCAACAUCGGCAUCAUCAGACCCUCUAUAGUGGGAGCCAGCUGGCAGGAGCCUUUCUCCGGUUGGAUCGACAACUUCAACGGGCCGAGCGGAGUCUUUAUAGCUGCUGGCAAGGGCAUCCUGCGCACCAUGAGAGCCAACAACGAUGCGGUGGCUGACCUGAUCCCGGUGGACGUAGUCAUAAACCUCACCCUGGCUGCCGGCUGGUACACUGCCGUACACAGACCUAAAACGGCUCUGGUGUACAACUGCACGACCGGCGGCAUCAACCCGUUCCACUGGGGAGAGAUCGAGCACCAUGUGAUGUCGUCCUUCAAGAGGAACCCCUUGGAGCAGGCUUUCCGCAGGCCCAACGCCAACAUCACCUCCAACUACCUGAUCAACCAGUACUGGAUCCUGGUCAGCCACAAGUUCCCCGCCCUCAUCUACGACCUCUUCCUGCGUCUCUCUGGGCAGAAACCGCAGAUGAUGCGCAUCUUUAAUCGUCUGCACAAGGCCAUCAGCCUGCUGGAGUAUUUCAGCAGCCAGGACUGGGAGUGGAACUCUGAGAACAUGAACAUGCUGAUGAGCCAGCUAACACCUGAUGACAGGAAGACGUUCAACUUCGACGUGCGCCAGCUCAACUGGCCCGAGUACAUUGAGAACUACUGCAUCGGCACCAAGAAGUACGUCCUGAACGAAGACAUGUCGGACAUUCCCGCUGCCAGGCAGCAUCUGAGGAAACUAAGGAACAUCCGCUACACCUUCAACACUCUGCUGGUCAUUUUCAUCUGGAGGGUGUUCAUCGCCCGCUCCCAGAUGGCCCGAAACAUCUGGUACUUUGUGGUUAGCCUCUGUUUCAAGUUCCUUUCCUACUUCCGCGCGUCCAGCACCUUAACCAACUGAGUCUUCCUCACGGCCUCAGGCCAGAGACAGCAGCCCUCGCCUUGAGCGAUCAGCGGGACAAAACAUCCGAGGGUCCGACCAUCCACUAAGGACACUCCAAAUCCUCCUUUAGUGUGGAUUAGCAGGGCUCUCUACAUGUGGGGGCUGCGGUUGAGUGAAGCACUCAGGAGGAGGGAAGAGGUCUACUAGCCAUGAAUUAUUUGUUUAGUUUGGAAAUCUGUCAGCAGCACCUGCACUGUUCAGUCACCAAACCCCGUCCAAAAAAAGUGUUGUCAUUUGUUUUUGAACCUACCGUUUUCUUCUCAACGUGGCCAAUUAUAUAUGCAACAAUAAGCCUUUUGUGUGACUUCCACUAUCUUUUCCACAUCAUCGUUUCCAUCCUCUUGAAUCUAGGUACAUUGCCUUGCCUUGUGAUGAUAUAUAUUUUUUUUUUUCCAUACUUGAAAUAUGGCAGUGCUUCAGUGGAGGACAAUUUCUACAAGAUCAUUGUGGUUCUCUGUUUUUUACUGUGGGGAUAUCCAAUUCCUCUCUUUACUAUGCAGGUGACUUGGAUAUCUGUAUGUCUUGCAUUACGUGUAUCUACUGCCUUUUUAAGAUUACACACACAAACUGACUGGUGGUUACCGGUCUCAGGCUAAUCCCCAGACUAUUGAGACUAGUAUUAAAGUUCAAAUCUGACCUGUAUCAUUAGAGAUACCAAAUCAUACAGAUCUGCCAUCUCUCCUGCUGUUGAGGUUCUCACUUAUUUACUAUCACAAAUGAUAAUGUCAGUAUGUCUUUGAACAUAAACCUUGUUUGUUUGAAUGCUCAUCCACUUUUUGCCUGUUUGUACAGCAGUUUGUACUGAAACUAAGUUUACUACUUUUACAUCUUUAUACUUGCGUCAAAGGCUAGUCUGAUAUACUGUGUGUGGUAGACCUUGGCAGUGUAUUAUAUAUAAAUAAGUGUACAUCAGAGUCAAGUUUAUUUGUAUAGCCCAGUAUGAUACAUUGUACAAUGUUUCCCAACAGUUCCCGACCAAGCCCAAGGUUUCUAAGAGGACAGAAUCUCCCAAAACCUUAGCAGAUGAGGGAAAAACUUACAGAGAGAGAGGCAGCUCAGACAGCUGGCGGUGAAAUAGGAGCCAUCCUGUAGGUGGGAAAAUUACAAAUUAACAUCAAGUAAGAAAUGCCAAAUACAACAUUGGGAUUGUAAUCUAUAAUAUGAUAUAGUGAUAAUAAUCCAAAAUGGCAAAGCUUACGACAGAAUUCUAAGGAAUGGCUUUUUGUUAUCAUCUUUUUAUCUACCUGUUUUUCUAGAAAAUAAUCACCCGGAGAUGUUUUAACAACCCAGAUCAUUAAACAACAAUUAAUGCUGUACCGAAGGUAUUUCCACAGUUCUCAGACUCUUCUAGCCUUGUGGAGGAAAAAUAUAUUCCAUUAGCUGAAGUAUGAAAAAGAUUUUUAAUCUGUUUACCAAAAUCGCAGCUUGGGAGAUGGGUCAAAAAGCCUUUUUAUUUUACGUUGGACAGUAUUGUUUUCAUCCAGAUGGAUAGAAGAGUCUUUGAAGUUUCAGGAAAUACCUUCAGAAUAGUAGUGUUGGGAAUAUUUGAAAACCCAGAAGGUUAAUUAUUAUUUAUCGGGUAAUUGUAAGGAAAAUUAUGGCUACCACUGUGACUCGAAUGUAAUGCUAAUACAUGAGAGCCGUCAAAGUUACAAAGCUUGUUUAAAAUUCUGUUGUAAGAUGGAGUUUUUCCCAUUUCAGCUUCAUCUAUGUGUAAGAAAAGAAAGUUCUGGGUCAACCAGCUUUUGACAGCUGGUAAACAGGACAAAGCAUGGAGCAGUCAUUAUUACUGAUUGCUAUAUAAAGUUGAGUGUCUUCUGCAUAGAAGCAAAAAGCAAGAAUACACCAAACAAAAGUACAUAGAGAAAAGUAGUGUUACAAGUAUGGAGCCUUGAGGGACGACAUACUUUAAUUGAUGGAGAGAUGGACUGCUAUUUUGAAGCAAGACAAACUGUGACCUACAUGUAAGUCUGGACCUAAAUCACAAGAGUGCUAGAUUAUAAACGGAGGACUUGGUUAAGGCCUUCCUGGUAUUAUACCUUUGACCCCAGUUUGAAAGAUCUGUAAAUAGUUUAACUUGCAUAUUAUUCUUAUAGACUACAAAGAACUGUAUUUGACUCUUGAUUUUUGCUUGGUGAGUGUCUUCACAUUCUACCACAGAGCUUCCCACAGAGUUUACCAAAAGUGUGAAGUGUGACAGGCAAGUCUGAUUUUUACUAAACAAACAAGAAAACUGUACAGUAUUGUAUAUGUUGCAAGGUUUGACUCUUGACAGAAUACAAAUACAUAAGUUAUGAGCCUUUAUGGGAGAAAAAGGGACAAAACUAAAUAAAUGUUUAUGCAAAGCCCA